AUGACCAGAGUUCUCGCUGGUCCGUAUUGUACACAAAUCCUCGGUGACCUAGGUGCCGAGGUCAUCAAGAUCGAGCAUCCCACUCGAGGCGAUGAUACCCGCGCCUGGGGACCUCCUUAUGCCGCCUACAAGGAAGGCUCAACACAAAAAGGACCCGGAGAGUCGGCUUACUUUCUUGCCGUGAACCGCAACAAGAAGUCCCUGGGUCUCAACUUCCAGCAUCCCAGCGGCACCAAGAUCCUCCACAAGUUGGUCGCCAGCUGUGACAUUCUUGUCGAAAACUACCUGCCAGGGACGCUGAAAAAGUACAAACUCGACUACGACACGUUACGGGCCAUCAACCCCGCCCUCAUUUACGCGUCGAUCACGGGCUAUGGCCAGACGGGACCUUACUCCAACCGUGCUGGGUAUGAUGUCAUGGUCGAGGCCGAGUUUGGUCUCAUGCACAUCACCGGCAGCCGAGACGGCCCGCCCGUCAAGGUCGGUGUCGCCGUGACAGACCUGACGACAGGCUUGUACACCAGCAACAGCAUUAUGGCCGCACUGUUGGCCCGUGCCAAGACUGGCAGGGGGCAGCAUAUUGAUGUUUCGUUGAGCGAUUGCCAGACGGCAACGUUAGCCAACAUUGCCAGCAGCUGUCUCAUCAGUGGGAAGAAGGACUCGGGUCGCUGGGGAACCGCGCAUCCAUCAAUUGUACCCUACCGAUCGUUCAAGACGCAGGACGGAGACAUUCUCUUCGGGGGUGGCAACGACCGGCUCUACGGCAUCCUCUGCGAGGGCCUGGGUCGGCCAGAGCUGAAAGACGAUCCGAAGUACAUUACCAAUGCCCAGAGAGUCGCAAAUCGCAUCGAGCUGGAGGCUUUGAUCGAGGGCAUCUCAAUGACGAAGACGACGGAAGAAUGGCUGCAGGUGUUCGAGGGCAAGGGGAUGCCGUAUGCCGCGGUCAACGACGUGCAGGCGACAAUGGAGCACGAGCACACAAAAGCGAGGAACAUGGUCGUAGAGAUGGAUCACGAGCACUGCGGAACGAUCAAGAUGGUGAACACACCGGUCAAAUACUCGGAGAGCGAGCCGAGGAUCCGGUCUGUGCCGCCAACCCUUGGGCAGCAUACGGAGGAGGUAUUGACCCAACAGCUGGGGUUGUCGGCGGAGGGAAUUGAAGCGUUGCGGAGCGAAGGAGUCGUAAGGUGA